AUGAUCCCCCCGAGCGGCGCCCGCCAGGACGGCGUGGACAGGCUGCCCGAGGAGGCAGCGAGCGCCGAGCAGCCGCCCUCUCCGGCAUCCACCGGCAGCCAGGAAUCCAAGCUCCAGAAACUAAAACGAUCACUUUCUUUCAAGACCAAGAGUCUACGGAGCAAAAGUGCUGACAACUUCUUCCAGCGAACCAACAGCGACGUGAAGCUGCCAGGGGACAUGCUGGCUGAGGUCAGCCCAGCUCAGCCCCUCCCGCCCAGAGCUGACGUCCACCCACAGGCUGGCUGCAAGCCCAUGCCCUUUCAGGAGCACAUCUUCAAGAAGCCCACUUUCUGUGACGUCUGCAACCACAUGAUCGUGGGAACAAAUGCUAAGCACGGACUACGCUGCAAAGCCUGUAAGAUGAGCAUCCACCACAAGUGCAUGGAUGGCCUAGCACCCCAGCGGUGCAUGGGCAAGCUGCCAAAGGGGUUUCGGCGUUACUACAGCUCCCCCUUGCUCAUUCAUGAACAAUUUGGAUGCAUUAAAGAAGUUAUGCCCAUUGCCUGUGGCAAUAAGGUGGACCCUGUCUACGAGGCCCUCCGCUUCGGCACCUCCCUGGCUCAGAGGACAAAGAAGAGCAGCUCUGGCAGUGGCUCGGACUCCCCUCACAGAACCUCUACUUCGGACCUGGUGGAGGUUCCUGAAGAAGCCGACGGGCCAGGAGAUGGGUACGACCUACGGAAACGCAGCAACAGCGUGUUUACGUAUCCAGAAAAUGGCACUGACGACCUCAGAGACCAAGCGAAGAACUUAAACCACCAGGGACCUCUUUCCAAAGACGCAUUACAGAUGAACACCUAUGUUGCCUUGUACAAAUUUGUACCACAGGAGAAUGAAGAUUUGGAAAUGAGACCAGGAGACAUGAUCACUCUUCUAGAAGACUCCAAUGAAGACUGGUGGAAAGGGAAAAUUCAAGACAGGAUUGGCUUCUUUCCAGCCAACUUCGUUCAGAGAGUACAACAGAAUGAGAAGAUUUUCAGAUGUGUUAGAACCUUCAUUGGGUGUAAGGAACAGGGGCAGAUCACACUGAAAGAGAAUCAGAUCUGCCUGACUUCUGAAGAAGAACAGGACGGCUUCAUCAGAGUCCUCAGUGGAAAGAAGAGAGGCCUUGUCCCCCUGGAUGUCCUAGAAAAUGUCUGAUUGUGGGCCCCUACUCCUUUUGCAGUAGGCAAGCCCUGCUGUGAUGCCUCAUCUCACAC